CAACGACCGGCCCGCGCUUCGAGCACAGCAAGCUACGGUGGUAUCCAGGCUUUGUGGUGCACCAUUCAUGAUAUCAUGGCGUGGCCUCGCUUUGGGCAUUGGGGGGGCGUGUGCGCAACCAGAAAUUUUUGCACCGCUUGUGGAAGAACUUGGAAAAGGCAUGGCCCAAGAAUUGAAGGGUCGCCUGGCAGAUGUGCUCCGGUACCACUGGCGGAGUAAACAUUUCUUGGACGUCCAAGCGACACUUCCUGAGACCCUGGACUGGUCCACGCAGCCCUCUCCGUGGCGUAGCUAUUUGGGUGCGCCAGCAGUGCGUCUGCCCACCGCGUUGCCAGAUGCUGUGUCAGCCGACAGCGUGCCUUUGUCGUUGAAUUCUUUGGGCAGUUUCUUGCGUUUGGGUGCUGGCAUUUCUGCUUGGAAGAGCUACGAUGGGGUUCAUGCGUGGGCUUUACGUGUUGCGCCCUCCUCGGGUAACCUGCAGACGACAGAAGUGCACUUGGUGUUGCCCCCACUGGAAGGGCUGGCCCCUGUGACGGCUGCGUAUCACUAUCAGCCAGAGAUGCAUCACUUGGAGCUCCGCCUAGAAGCUCCUCAGGAGUUGGUGGGCGGACACCAAUCCUCAGCCUCCGGCUUUCUGGUCAUCCUCAGUAGCCUUUGCGUCAGAGAGGCAUGGAAAUAUGGAGAAAGAGCUUUGAGGUCUUGCCACCUCAAUCUGGGGCACAUGCUGCAAGCGUUGUCGGUCUCUUGCGAGCUUCAUGGCUGGAUCAUGGAGGAAGCUUCGGGUGCCUUGAUCCUGGACCCGGUGCUGCGGCGCAUCCUCGACGUCCAAGACGAGACGCCCGAGCUGGCGCUGUGGGUCACCACUGGCAGCGAAGGGUCGGUGCCGGCUAUGGCCUGGGCGGAGGAGUUGAUGGCCGUCUAUCAGCAGGCACAAUUGAAGAGUCUGGGCGCUUCACAGGGCACAGCUGUGCCUGCAACAGCCUCCGAGCCGCAGGUCGCCUUGCAGGACAUGGGAAAUCCCAAUGUUUCAUCGGAAGAAUAUCAGAAGAAUAUGGAUAAACAAUUAUAA